AUGAAGCUUCUACUGUGGGCCUGCAUCUUUUAUGUUGCUUUUGCAAAGGAUUACAGUGGCAAUCAUUACCCUCUUAACCCAUCUCUGAAUAUUCCUUAUCCCGCAUCAGACAAUAAUUUUCCUCCUCCUUUUCAUCCUUCAGGGAAUGAAAUCCCCAAUUACCAUGGGAAUCCUGACCCAAAUUCAGGGGGACCCCCAUUACCCUGGAUUCUCAGUUCUCCUGGAGCUCUCCCCUACCACAGGUCUAGUUUUCCUGUAACUACUUGGCUGUCCUCCUCCUCUCCUCCUACUCCUCCUCAGAAAUCUCCCCUCUUUGCCCUUCCCUUAAGUACACUUGGAGGACCUUUUUUCCCAGACAGUGCUCCCAUGCCUAAGCCUGCUGAACCUUACAUAGCCACACCUCUUGUAGCUGUACCUACUACACCUCCCAACCCAAAGCUUAUCGCCGUUGAGCCUGGGCCCUUAGAGCCUGAUGACGCCGAGCCUGUGGCUUCAGAACACCAGCCUGCUACUUCCCUGGAUUAG